UAUUCCAGGAGAGGUAGAUAGGAAAGAGUUUACGUCAAGGUGCCUUUGACCCAACGAACCCGGAGUGUAUGCGACUGCAGGAAACAAUCGCUCAUAAGUGACAAGUGGCAAGUCUUUCGAAGGGCGGAGGGAAGUUUAUUUACUGCGUUCGCUGCUGGGACCUUAGCUCAAAUCGGCGUGUUCGGACGAAAAGGAUAAAAGAGUGCGGAGAAAUCGACGACGACCUGAAACGAUGUCGACAAGUGUCAACAACGACGUUGAGCACGGCGGGGGGGAUUAUGCGAGCAUGCCGCUGCUCCCUCUGGCCGUAGACUCUGCGGAGCAUGCCAUCCAGGCUGGCGACGAUGAGAAUAAGAGCCGAUACUCCCCCCACAGGGGGUGGGCGUGCGCUUUCAAGGUCAACGUGCUCGUGACGGUGCUGGCCGCCUUUUGGUUUGGCUUCGAGGGGCUAGAGGCCCUAGCGAACGACUCCCUCUCUGGGCAGGGGCGCCGGCGGCUCAUGCACAACGAGCAUGGGGAUGACCACUCGCACCACCACCACUACCACAACGGCGGCGAAGGCGAAGAAGGACACGGAGGGGUACACCUCAGCAACGUGAUCGUCGGGGGCGUGGCCCUCCUCGGCAUCGCCUCCCUCGUCUCGUUCGGCAUGCUCCACUCCCUCUUCCGCUGCGGCCGCGGCUUCCUGGCCGCCUCGUACGCCGUUUUCGUCGGCAUCUUCGGCGCCGCCGCCGGCGUGAUGUUCCUCGUGGGCGCCGUCCCCGCGGCCGUGAUGUUCUCGGUCGUGUUUGUGUUCGGGCUGGUGGCCCUGCGGCGCAGGAAGCACCGCUUCGCAUUCGGCUCCGCCAACCUCAAGGUCGCGUCCAUGGCCAUCAGGGACAUGCCCUGGACCUACCGCUCCGCCAUCCUGAUGGGCAUCGUGCAGUUCCUGUGGUGCGUGGUUGCCGCGAUCGCCGCCCUGGGUUCCUUCGUCGCCCUCGAGACGGUCGCCGCCCCGGACGGCUCGUCGCACCGCGCGAUCUACUGCUUCGAAUCCGCGGACUCGUGUAUGUGCAACGGCACCAAGAUCUCCGACGGGGAGUGCGAGUUCAGCGGCCUCGGCCUCCCCCUGAUGAUCGUCUGGCUGUGCUCUAUGGCUUGGGGCUGCGGCGUCAUUCGUAACGUGGUCGCUUGCACGGUCUCCGGCUCUGUUGCCUCGUGGUGGUUCACCCCCGAAGAGGACCCGACUCCGGUUAAGGGGGCGUUCCACCGGGCCACCACCUCCUCUUUCGGGUCGCUGUGCAAGGCAGCGGCGAUCCAGCAGCUCGUCGCCGCCGCCUGCAAGGUCGCGCAGCGCGUGCUCCGCUACGUGCCCUGCGCCACGACGCUCCUGGCGUGGGUCAACAAGGCCGCCAGCUACGUCCUCGCCUACACGGUCGCCUUCGUCGGCAUCUACGGUCUCAGCUUCAACGAAGCCGGUGGCCGGGUCCGCGAGAUGUUCCAGCGCCGCGCCGUGACCACCCUGGCCAACGACAUCGUGGUCGAGGUGGGGCUCCGCCUUCUCGCCCUGUCCGCCACGGUCGUCUACGUACUCCUGACCGGCGUCAUGAUGUUCGGCGCCUUCAUGCGCGUGGACGGCGAUAGUUCGAUGGUGGACUCGGUGGAGUUCUGGUCGAUUGUGGGACCCCAGAUCUUCGGCGUGGUGGCCCUGGCGUUCCUGGUGUCGACGGUGCUGGAGGUGGUGCGGUCCGGGUUCAAGGCCGUGUUCGUCUGCUUUGUACAGGACCCCGAGGUGCUCGCCGAGAAGCACGGACACGAGGUUCACGCCGAGCUGCAGUCGGCGUGGCAGCACAUGCACGGCACCUCGCAGGAAAACGGCGACGGGCAGUCCGCCAUCGGUCAGUCGCAGUAGAGCCUGGUCGUCGUCUUCCCCCGUCUUCCCCCUGCCUCAUAAGCAGAAGCAGUGUGACUGAUAGGCUACCGUUCGAGUAAGCAUGCCACUCGUCAAGGGCCGCGAGCGGCACUUUUGCUAAACAGAAGCAGUGUGAGUUUGGGUGCAGGCAGGCUACCGUUCGCGCGAGUGAGAGACCCCCCCCCCCCCCCCCCCCCCCCCCCCCCCCCCCCCCCCCCCCCCCCCCCCCCCCCCCCCCCCCCCCCCCCCCCCCCCCCCCCCCCCCCCCCCCCCNNNCCCUUUUAUCUCUCUCUCUCUCUAUCUUGCGUGUGGACGAUGUUGGUACCAUCGAACCACCCGCCCCAGCAGUUGUGGCUUAUUCUUUCUGGUGGGCAGUCGAGCGCCCGCUUUCCACGCGCGAAAGGCGGUUGGCUUGCCUUGAAUUGUGGUUAUGUGUGUUUUUUUUCUCGGUCUUUGUUUCAUUUUCGUUCUGAGUUGGAUAAUGUAGAUGGCGGCGGCGGGGGGCGGAGGCGCAAUGGCGCACCAGAGGAGCGAUUGCGGCAUUAAAUGGCGGCCGGCAUCCGGCAGGGGCCCCCGUCAGAGGCAACGCUCGCGUUGCUUGGUGAGCCAUCCGCCGGCCCCCCUUCCCUUUAUCGUAGGCUUGUACAUAAACAUAUCGGUAAGGCCUACGUGAUAGGUAUGUUGUUUUUAUUUUUGUUUUGGCGCAUCAGGCCUGCGUGAUACCACGUGCGCAGGCUGUUCCAUGUUUUCGCACAUCAGGCCUAUCGUGUGUGAUGCGUACAUGUGAUGUCUUUGUAUUCUAGCGCUGGAAGCCUGCCGUGUCAUGGUGAGAGUGCGACCGACGCACCAUUUCUCUCGUCGUGACGCCGAAUCAAAUGGAGGGUGGCAGCCAGGAGGCGCCGUCGUUGCCCAUCCAUCCCCAUCGAGAUUUUUUACGGGCCUAGAGCUUCUGUGCAUUUUUUUUUGUCAUAUGCUACAUAGGUCGUUUCGUAUGUCGUUGUAAUCCCCAACAUUCUGGGGUCAUUGGAAGCGAUAUUUUUGGCAACAAAUUAAGAUUCACCUUGGAAGUCUCCGGUUUGGUCACUUCCAACGAUUCAAUCAUUUUGACGCAUAACAUCGAAUAUGUCUUUCUUUCUCAUCGAAGCUACAAUACUUUUGUCGAUCGAUAACUACUGCAGAGCUUCAACCUGGCUUUCUAAACAGGCCUGGCCAGGUUUAGUGAUGUCAUAUGCGUGGCACCCUUCUAUGCAAGGAUUCUACAGCAUCUACUCUUGGACGCAUGUGUGGUGGCGUUUUGGCGAGAACCGGCGGUCGCGUCGCAAA